AUGCCAGGCCAGUUUGUAAGCGUGCCGUUUCUGUCGCAGGUCGAAGACAUGGACAAGUAUUUGAUGGAGUAUAGGAGCUUGAAAUUGAUGCCACAAAACGCAGCGGGUCUUCAGCAGCAGCAGCAGCAGCAGCAGCAGCAUACCCGCUUUUCGAAUCUGAACCGGAAUACGGGGAUUGUAGGUAACCAUCAGAGUGCAAAUAUGGGCUUCAACGGAGCGAAUACACGCAAGAAACCUAUGAGUGCUAAUAACACGGCCGGCCAAAACUAUCGAUUCGGGAAAAAUGGGUAUAAAGUGGGACCUCAGCAGCAAACUCAACAGCAGCAGACCCAGCAGCAGCAUCUGCAACAGUUGCAACAGCAACAACCACAAUCUUUGCAAGGCACAGGUCUCAAACAGACAUUUCCCCAAAUGUUUUACCGGUCGGCCAAUAAUAGUGCUUCAUCGUUAGCGCAACAGGCUCUGUCGUCUCAAGUUUACGCUCCUAACAAUGCCAAUCAACAGCAAUUGAUGACGGCAAGCUCUUCAUCGAGUUCUACUCCGCCGCCCAGGUUACAUGUUUCCGUCAGCGGGACUUCCUCGAUCUCAUCUUUAGGUGGAGAUUACGAUUUUGUUUUGCCCGCUGAGCUGAACAACCAGCUGGUGCCUUCCGGUAGUGCGCAACUCUCAUCGGGGCUCAAUGGUGCGGCAACUAGUUCUUCAAACAAUGUUGCAAACGCUAACAACGCUCAGACGCAAGGAUCGAGAACUUCCAUGAAUAUGAUGCCAGUUGCACCUCUAGGCGGAACUUUCUUGGACUCUGUUCCCAGUGUUCUUCCACCGGGUUUUAGAGAAGAAUCCGAUCUUUCGGGUUCCAAUGAUUUCAUAAACGGAUUGCCAUCUUCUUUACUCUCCGAUGGUACUAAUGCACCAGAGUUUAGCGGUAUGAAUGGUCAAAAUUCUGUUUUUAAUGCCCGUGGUGCAGACUCGUCUCGCAACUUUAUGAUGCCUGACUCAAAAAACUGGGGCACGGGUAAUCCGAACUCGUCGUCCGCUUCGGGCUCUUUUGGCAUUUGGAAUAAUGACAUGAGUGUCUGGAGCUAA